UCAAAAAUUCAAAACAUUGGAAAUAAAAAUGGCGGCCAAGUCGAGCAAGCGGUUGUUCAAAAAUGAGAAUAAAUUAAUUAAAUUGGAUAAAUUAGAGUAUAGAGAUGUUAUAUGUUCCAUUUGCCAGUCAAUUUUGAUUGAGCCCGUAACUUUACCCUGUUACCAUGACUUUUGUCACCAUUGUUUUAGAGGAACUAUAGAAAAUAAUGCUUUGUGUUGUCCACUAUGUCGAUUACGAAUCGGUUCUUGGCUUAGAACAUCAACUAAAAAGAGAGCUUUGUUAAACUUUCGCUUGUGGGACUUCAUUCAAAAUAAGUUUAGUGAAGAGGUAUCUCAGAAACUAAGGGGAGACGAUAAGUGCAUAUCACCAGAGACACCAAUACCUCGGCUGAGUGAACCUGGAGAAAUCAGAUCUGAAUAUGAAGCUGAACUGCAGAGGCUAAGGGCAGAAAGAUUAAAGCUUGAACAAAAACAUAUUCAUGAAACACAGAUUCUAGUUCAGAGGCUUAAGCAAGAAGAAGAAGAAGCACAUAAAAAAUAUUUAGAAAGCCUCAAAAGCGAUGAAAUAUUAGCAAAGAAGUUACAACAUGGAAUGGAUAAAAACAAUUUUGAAUUAUCAAAGAAAAAGAAAGUAAAUAAAAAAAUACUAAAGCCAAGACUGAAAUCUGUAACUAUCGAUAGUUAUAUGCCUAAUUUAAGAAGCCAAGUUAAUGGAACCUCUGUGAGCGCUGAGGAUAAAGAUACAAAUGAAUUAAAUUCAAGAAUGCCAUCUAAUUUAGAAAAUAACACAAAACCGGAACCUCAAAACAGUAGUAGUAAAAUUUUAAACUUUCUGGAUGUAAGAGUAAAAGAUGCAUGGAAUAAAGAAAAUGGGAAGAAUCUAAAGAUCAAGGAAAGUGCCAUUCAAAAUAGUAAGGAAAUAAAUGACAAGACAACUAAAACGAAAAAUGGUAUUCAAUCUCUACUCGUUUCUCUACCUCUACCGUCACUUAAGUUGAUUCCUCACAAGAGUAAGGUUGUUGAAAAAAGAACAAUUGAGACUGGUAGUGUAGAUUCAAUGCAGCAAGAACUAUGUUACUUCAAACCUAUAGAAGAAACAAUAACUACAAGUUAUAAACCAAAUAAUUGCUUACCGCUUCGUGUGCCAGGCCUGCGUUUAGAGAAUGGAACUAAAACACUGAAACACAAUGAUAAUCCACCGAGCAGAUCCCAGUAUAUUGACAGCUUAUGCCACUUAAGAAGUACAUCAUUAGCACAAAGAUUGCCAUCGGCUUUUGUUAUAGCUCUUAGCAAACUAUGGUCUAAAGAGGUAUUUAUGACUUAA